AUGAAGUUCGCCAUUAUUGCCGCUCUCUUGGCCCCUGCCAUGGCUGUCAAUAUCCCUAGGGAACUCCAGGAGCGCACCGGUCAGUGUGGUGAUAACUGCGCUCGUGCUGUCGUCCCUGGUUUCCGUGGCCCUGCCGUCGUUGCCUCUUAUAAGGCUGAGUGUGAAGCUUACCUCAAGGUGACCACCACCCCUGAAGCUAGCACUGUAUACGUCACCAAGUCUGUUCCGACUUAUGCUAGUGCUUGCUCAGGAGAAACUCGCUAUUUGACCGCUUGCUCUUGUGCUGGUGCUUCUGCUGUUACUGUCGAGGCACCUACGCCUACUGUUACCAAGACUGUCUAUGUCUGA